AUGGAUAGUCAUAGGCAUACUAAAAUUUCACCGAUACUACCGAAUCUACGAGAUCAAAUUAAAAAUUCAGGGACAGCAAAAGACUUAUUAAAAUGCACAAGUGCUAUAUCAUCACCUCGGGCAUCCCAUGCAAUGACAGAAAGAUCAGCACUAAACAAAUUAAAAUCCCAAAAAUAUAUAGCAUUGCUUGAUCAUAAUGACUUAUCUCAGCACUCCUCUACAGCCCUGGAUCAUUGGCUGCCACAUCGAAACCAAACGCCAUUAAACUCAGUUCAUUUCUUUCGAAUUUCAGAGCCUGAAUUUAAAUAUCAUCACUUCAACUCUCCCUCUAUAAAAACAAAAUCUGACAUUAUCGAGGCUUUAAGGGAACUUAUUGCAUCUCAAAAACAGUACGAUGCAGGCCAAUCUAUUAAUAGGCUAAAACUGCUACUAAAAAUGUUAGAAAUCUUAUCAAAUGAAGAAGGAAAAUACCAAGCAGAAAUGAAAUAACGAUGACCCCCCUCAAUCUUCAUGUCUAUUGCAACAAAAUUUUUUCGAAAAAAUCUUCAUGUCUACUGCAGCACAACAUUUUUUAAAAACAAUUUAAUAAAUUUUCUAUUGCUCGCCAUUUUAUUAAACUUAUCUAGCUAAAAGUACGGAAAAAGUUAAGAUGCACAUCGAAAAUUUGUUGCAGGAGACAUGAAAAUUUUUUUUUUUAUAUAAAAUUUUAUAUUAAAAAAUUGCAUUUUUGUUGCCAUAGACAUGAAGAUUGAUGAGGGGUCAUCGCUACAUAGUUGAUGAAAUCAAAAAAGCUGUUUUUGCAAAUAAAGAUGAAGUUAAGCCUAAGUUACUAGAAAUAGUAUAUGAAAAACAUACAGAUGCGCUUGCUCUCUAAUUUGAUAAAGAACAAAACUAUUUUCCAUGUAAAUAGCUUUAAUACCCCAAAAUCGAAAAUUAAUUUAAAAUUUGUUCUAUUUGAAAGUAGAGUAUAAAGCCAGUAUUUUGCAUUGAGAAAUUAUAUAUAUUAGUUUCAUAAAUUUUUUUAUAGAUUUUGUUAUAAAAAUUCACUAUAAACAAAAUUUUUAUUCCAAUUUAAUAGGUUGAGCUAAUAAAACAUAUCGUUAUUAAUUAUGGAAGAGCUAGUGAUUUAGAUGGAUAUAUACCUUAUUCUUAUUUAUAUGAUAUUUUGAAUGAGAUAAAUGAUGGCUAUAUAGAAAAAGAACGUCAAUAUCAUAAAGAUAUCGAAGAAAUCAAAAAGAAAAAUUUUGACGAAAUUAUUUCUUUAAAUCAAACAAUUGAGGAGCUGCAAAGAAAGAUUGAUGGGAAAUCAGAAGGAAAUAUAGAUAUAGCUGAUGAUUAUAAGAGGCUAAAUGACGAUUUUGAUAGGAAAAUGAGAGAGCUUAAAAUUGCAUUAUCCAAAAAUAGUGAACUUGACUCAAAAUUAAAAACAUGUAAGAAGGCGUUAAAAGAUGCAGAGUUUUUAAAUAGUGAUAUAAAUGAUGAGCUAAAAAAAUUGAGCCAGACUAAUGCUGAACUAAGUGAACAGUUGAGAGUCGCAAAUGCUGACUACGAAAAGAUUAAAGAUAAAUGUGAAAAAGUCAGUGGAGGGUAUUCCACAAUUGUGUACAAGUUAAAGCAAUCCUAUGAGUCAAAUGAUGAGCUUGAAAGAAGAAUUUCUCAACUUUUAAAAGAAAAAUCAGAUCUUUCUGUACGUGCAGCUGCAGGAUAUGAAGGACUGACCCCAAGGCCAAGUUUAGAGCCUCUAUUCAGAGAAAUUGGAGGAAAUUUCCAUGAGGGCCAUUCAACUGUUGAAAAAAUUGGGAUGCUUCUAUCCCAGAUUGUUGAUUGAAAAAACAGAAAUCUCCCUCACAGAAAAACGAGAAAGUCAGUUUUGAGAUCUCCAAGGGAGGAUUCUCAAUCUCCAGGGCUAAUAGAUGAAGACAAAAAAGCGAAAGAAGGAGCCUAUAUAGAGCUUUUCCUUCCCACAAAUUCAAGAAGAUCUGUUAUGGAAAAACAAAUAUCUUGAGGCCCAUUACUCCAGCCUUAA